AAGAAGCCAAAUAUAUACUGAAAUUCUGUACCAGAAUUAUCAACACAACAUAGCAUAAUCUCAGACAAAGAAGUUUUAAAGCUAUGCCUCAAUCUUCUUGUGACUAUUAUUGCUUCAAAAUUUCAAAAGUUUCCUCCAUGAAAAAUCUGAAAGACCAUAGAAUUCGCAGGUUUUUAAAGGAAGUGAAACCACAUUCACUCAGCUUUUCAGCCAGCCACUGCCAUAGCGAUUUAUGACAGACAGCUCAGAGAGUCUCCCUAAGUACUCAAUAGAUGAUGCAAUUACAGAGCAGGUGCAAGCAUUCGAGCAUUGAACUUAUUGGCUUCAAUUCAAAUCCAUAAACAGAACAAAGAAUUGAAUGACUCCUCCAUGUAUGGCAUUAACCCAAUCCCAAUCUUUACCCCUCUGUCUGCCUCAAUCUAUCCCUCUUUCUAUUCAGUGCCACAACAAUAAUGCCUGUAGCCAUGUAACUUUAUUUAAUUCAAUUCCAUCGCCCUGUGUUACUAGAGUUGCUACUAAAUCAAUCCCAGCUUCGCCCACUACUAAACAUUUAAACUCUACUCUGGUUGAAAUCAGUACUCUGUGUAAACAGGGACGAUUGAAGGAAGCUUUCGACAUUUUAUUUUUAUGCUGUGAGAAUGGUAGCCCGCCGUGGGAGAUAUAUGGUUAUCUGUUGCAGGCAUGCACCAGGAAAAGGGCGCUCACAGAGGGCAAGCAAAUCCAUGCUCAACUGGUUAUAAGAGGAUCGCAAGGGCUGAAGUUGGAAACGAAGCUGAUAAGUAUGUAUGCGGCGUGCGGCUCUGUUGGGGAUGCAGAACUUGUGUUUGAGAGGAUUCCCCGCUCAGAUAUAAAUGUUUUCUUGUGGACUGCACUGAUCAGUGGAUAUGUUCAGAAUGAGUUUUAUGAAGAAGGGUUAGCAAUUUACUGCAAAAUGCGGCGGGAGGGUACAGCGCCUGAUAAUUUCACAUUCUCCUGUGUCCUCAAGGCUUGUUCGGGGAUUUCUGAUCUGCAAUUGGGUAAAGUAAUUCAUGUCCAUUUGCUUAAAAGUGGACUGCAGCCUGACGCUGCUGUUCAAAACAGCCUUGUGGUUAUGUAUGCUCGGUAUGGCAAAUUAGAGAUUGCACGUCAACUGUUUGACGAAAUGUCUUGCGGGAAAAAUGUUAUAUCUUGGGGUUCCAUGAUUGCAGGGUGUGUUCAGAAUCAGUGUGUUAAUGAGGCCUUGGAACUUUUCCGCGAAAUGCAGAUCCGUUGCUUGAAAACAAACUGGGUUAUUGUUACUACUCUUCUUCCAGCGUGCAGUUACUUAGCAGCCAUAAAACAGGGCAAGGAGAUACAUUCUCAGAUUGUGAAGGCUGAUCUUGUAUCUGAUGUUAUGGUGUGGAAUGCUUUGAUAGACAUGUAUGCGAAAUGUGGGAAUGUGGAUGAUGCGCGGCAAGUGUUUGAUAGAAUGCCUGAAAGAGAUGUGGUGUCAUGGAAUGCUGUAAUUGGAGGGUGUGGAACAAAUGGCUGUGGUGAGGUUGCCCUUGGUUUGUUUAAGGAAAUGCAGCAAGAAGGCUUUGUGCCAAAUCACAUAACUCUGAUUCAUGUUCUGUCUGCCUGCAGCCAUGCAGGUUUGGUGGAAGAGGGUUUGCAAAUUUUCAAUUCCAUGAGUGAAACAUUUGAUAUAAGGCCGAGGGUGGAGCACUAUGCUUGCAUGGUGGACCUUCUUGGCCGUGCCGGAUUCUUGGAUGAAGCAGAACAGUUUAUUAAUAAAAUGCCCAAAGAAAUUAAGCCUAGUUCUAGUGUAUGGGGAUCCUUGCUGGCUGCUUGCAGAGUUCAUGGCAAUGUAGAGUUGGCAACGCGAGUGGCAAAACAUGCUUUGGAGAUUGAUCCUGAAAACAAUGGGUAUUACAUUAUCUUAUCAAAUAUCUAUGCUGCAGGCGGCAGGUGGGAUGAUGUUAAAAAGGUGAGAAAGAUGAUGAAAGAUAGAGGAUUUAAAAAGAGUCCAGGGUGCAGCUGGAUUGAGAUGAACAACAGGGUUUAUACAUUCACUGCAGGAGAUCAGUCACUACCACAAUCAAAGGAAAUUUAUGCAAUGGUAGAAAAGUUAUCUAUACAGAUGAAAGAAGCUGGCUAUGUUCCCGAGACCAACUUUGUUCUGUACAAUGUGCAGGAGAAGGAGAAAGAGAUGAUGCUUUGUGGUCAUAGCGAGAAACUGGCCAUAUCUUUUGUGCUUAUCAAUACACACACUUGUACAAGACCAAUCAGAGUCAUAAAAAACCUUCGCAUUUGUGGUGAUUGCCACACUGUAAUCAAGUUCAUAUCCAAGAUUGUAAGGCGAGAGAUUAUAGUGAGGGAUACAAAUCGUUUCCAUCAUUUCAAGGGCGGAGUCUGUUCAUGUCGAGAUUAUUGGUAACACGUAUUUGCAAAAACCAGAGCUUAAUGCUUGUUUAACCAUUGUAGGUGACCAAUAAGUUUGGACUGUUUACUGUAAUUUACAGUUACCUGAGAGGUGCAAGCAUCAUAAGCUGGAAUUCAUAUCUAAUAGCUUAAGCAUCCAAAUGAGAGAUCAAGGGAGCUCUUAAUACUGGUGGGUAGUAACUAAAUUUUCUCAUAAAAUAUUGGAAGUAAACAAAGGAUCUUUCUGCAAUCAAACUCUCCCAUUGAUAUCAUAUUUCAACUCAGCUAGACAUAAAAGACAGAAAAUUUCUCAUGCUGGUUGAAUAUUUUUUAAUUAUAUUAUGUAAGUUUUUU